UGAAAUCUUAUCCACAUGUAAUUCCAUGCAAUCAAAUUUUAUAAUUUUAUUAAAUCUAUGGAUUUUUAACUGUAGCUUUGGUGGAUUGCCGAAGUUCAGGGAUUCUGCGGGAGGCAAUGAACAAAAUGAAAAGGAAUUGAAUUUCAAAGCAGUAUUAAAAGAAAACGAAGAAUACAGUCCAUAUGUUGAUCAGUGUCCGUUAAAAAUACUCGGAGGGCAAGAAGCAGCGAUUACCCAAGUUCCUUACCAAGUGUCAAUCCGGAAAAAUAAUUGGUUUGGAAUUUAUUGGUCAUCGUUUUGUGGUGGGUCUUUAAUAACACUGAAAUAUGUCUUGACUGCAGCGCAUUGUUUUAUUAAUGAAGAUACAUAUUCCAUAAGGAAUUUAAAAAACGUUCGUGUGGUAGGAGGCACGACUGUAACGGCAGUGACUAUAUUCGAUGCAGUGCCGGAACAGUGGAGGAAAAUUAAACACUUUUAUAAACACUUGAAUUAUAAUUUCACUAUAUUGAAACAUGAUCUUGCGAUAGUUGAGGUCACCAAGAAAUUCGUCGAAUGUGAUUCUGUGAAACCCAUUCGUCUUUUGUCACUGAAAUCUCAUGAAAAUGUAAAAGUGAGGCAGCAAUGUUUAGUAUCGGGAUUCGGGUUAAAAGAAAAGGUGAGAUAG